AUGGAUAUUGUUAAACAAUGUAAAAAUUUACUGUUAUUCAUCAAAAGAAUCAGAAAGAUAGUUUUUGAUAAAUUCACAGCUAAAGACAAAGAAAUUUGGGUGAAACGCUUAACGAAACAAAUCAAAACUUGUAAUAAAGAAAGGGACUCCGGUUUUGCAUUAAAUAGAAUUGUAUCUUUAGAAGUAAAUAUUAAUCGAUAUGAAAUUGGAAAUGGUUCCUCGUAUAUUAAACUUCCUGAGAGUAUUCAAAAAAAGCGUGCUUGUAUUAAUGUAAAAAAUUCUGAUCAAGCAUGUUUUUAUUGGGCAAUAGUUAGUGCCCUCUAUCCAGCUAAAGCACAUAAAGAACUCCCAUCCUCAUACCCAUGGUACAGUACAGUACUAAAAACAGAAGACCUAGAGGCACCAAUGCCGUUACAUCAAAUUUCAAAAUUUGAAAAAUUAAAUAAUAUAUCAGUCAAUGUAUUGGCUUUAGAAUUAAUAGAAAAUAAUGAAAAGUCAUUUUUCACAGUAUAUCCAGCUAGAUUAACUAAAACAGUCGUUGCCAAACAUGUAAAUCUUCUUUUAAUUCAGAAUCACUAUUUUCCUAAAUUAAACGAUUAUGAAGCACCUCCAGUGGAUAAUGAUAAUUCAGAAAUUAAGUACCACUACUGCCACAUUACGGAUAUGUCUAAAUUAGUUGCUGGUCAAUUAAAUAAAAGAAAGGCCAAAUUAUUUCUUUGCAAUAGAUGCUUAAAUUAUUUUUCAACUGAAGGGAAAUUGUCGGAACAUGAAAAAAUGUGUGCAGAUAUGAAUAAUUGUAAAAUGUCUUUUCCUAAAUAUGAUGCUGUUAGUUUUAAAAAUUAUACUUAUAAACAAACAACGCCAUUUGUCAUAUAUGCAGAUUUUGAGUGCAUGUUAGAAAAAGUUACAGACCUCCAAACAUCCUGUUGUACUAAAAAAUAUCAAAAACAUAUUCCGUAUAGUGCUGGAUACUAUGUAAAAUGUAGCUAUGAUGAAAAGUUGUCUUUUUUUAAGAGUUAUAGAGGCAUUGACUGCAUGGAGUGGUUUGCUAAUGAAUUACCAAAUUUAGCUCAAAGUAUUCAUUCGAAAAUUAAGAAAAUUAUACCAAUGCAGGAAAACCCGAGUACCAGUAAAACCACAAGGUGUCACAUAUGCGAAAAAUGUUUUUCUCCUACAGAUAUCAUUGUUAAAGACCACGACCAUUUUACGGGGGAGUUCAGAAAUUUCGCCCACCAAGCCUGUAAUUUAAAUUUUAAAAAAUUGUUUGUCGUCCCAGUUAUUUUUCACAAUAUGAGUGGCUACGACAGUCAUUUUAUAAUUUCAGAGUUAAGCAAAAAAGGAGAUAUUAGUCUACUUCCAGUCAAUAAAGAAAAAUACAUUUCAUUUACACUUAACGAUGCUGUUACUAAUAUAAAAUUUCGAUUUAUUGAUUCAUUAAGAUUUUUAGGAGCCUCUUUAGAUGAAUUGGUUUCAACAUUAAAUAAAAAUGACUUUAAAAUUUGCAAGCGAGAAUUUAGCAGGUUAAGUGACGAUGAAUUUAAAUUAAUAACUAAAAAAGGGGUAUUUUGCUAUGAUUUUAUUGAUUCUUGGGAAAAAUUAAACAUUACCGAUUUACCUCCAAUAGAGGCAUUUUAUAAUAAGCUAAACGAUACGAAUCUUACAGAUGAGAAGUAUGCUCAUGCUAAAAUAGUUUGGGAUACCUUUAACAUUGAAAAUUUAGGUCAAUAUUCAGAUUUGUACUUAAAAACCGAUAUUGUGCUUUUAGCAGAUGUUUUUGAAACUUUCCGCAAAAAAUGUUUUAUAACUUAUGGGUUAGAUCCAGCCUGGUACUACACAAUGCCCGGUUAUUCUUGGGAUUGUAUGUUGAAAUACGUGGGGUGUAACCUCGAGUUAUUGCGUGACGUUGACAUGAUACUAUUUAUGGAGAAAGCAAUUCGUGGAGGAAUUUCAGUAUGUAGCGGUAGAAUGUCGGAGGCCAAUAAUAAGUACAUGCCUAAUUAUGACCCCGCACAGCCCUCAAAAUACUUAAUGUAUUUUGAUGUCAAUAAUUUAUAUGGGUGGGCUAUGGGAGAACCCUUACCCUACGGAGGGUUCGAAUGGAUGGAUGCCAAAGACAUUGAUGUUAUGUCUGUACCUGAUGACUCUCCCGUAGGGUACAUGUUACAAGUUGACUUGGACUAUCCUCGCAAAUUACAUGAUCUGCACUCAGAUUUUCCAUUCGCUGCCGAACACCGCAAAGCUUUGGGUUCAAAUCAUACUAAACUAAUGACAACACUUUAUAAUAAAAAAGAAUAUAUCCAGUCUGCGUGGCUGCGACCCUACAUAGAAUUAAAUACUCGACUUAGAGCUGCAGCUACGAACGAUUUUGGAAGAAAUUUAUACAAAUUGGCCAAUAAUAGUGUAUUUGGAAAGACUAUGGAGAAUAUAAGGAAACAUAGAAUAGUAAAACUAGUCAGAUCAUGGAAUGGGCGAUAUGGUGCUAAAAAUUUAAUUUCUAGUGCCAGGUUUCAUAGCAGAAAGAUAUUUAAUGAAAAUUUAGUAGCUAUAGAACUGAUUAAAUCAGAUCUAGUUUUUAAUAAACCCUUAUACAUUGGCAUGACUGUUUUAGAUAUAUCAAAAUUAUGUAUGUACCAAUUUCAUUACGACUAUAUGCUUCCAAAAUUGGGCGCAGAUAAAUGUAAUUUAAUGUAUAUGGAUACCGAUAGCUUUAUUUAUGAACUGUACUGUCAUGAUGCAUAUGAGGAAGUAAUAAAACAAGAUCUAUCAAAAUUUGAUACAUCCGAUUACGCUGUAGAUAAUAUCUAUAAUAUUCCUCGCGUAAAUAAAAAAGUUUUAGGAGUAAUGAAAGAUGAAAAUAAAGGAGAAAUUAUGACAAAAUUUGUGGGAUUACGAUCAAAAAUGUAUACUUUUAAAGUUCAAUCUGGUCGAAUCACUAAAAAAGCAAAAGGGACUAAAUAUAAUAUAGUAAAAAAUGUUAUAAAAUUCGAUGAUUAUGUAAACUGUUUAAAUGAUUUUAAGGAACAAACUGCUACUCAACACUCCAUUCGGUCAUAUAGCCAUAACGUCUAUAGUAUAGAACAAACAAAAAUUGCGCUAAGUCCUUAUGACGAUAAAAGAUAUUUAAUUCCAAAUAGUUUUAGAACCCUACCAUUGGGACAUUACAGUAUUUUAGAAUAG